GUGUUGGGGCAGCAGUCCAGUGUGUAGUGAGUGAGCAUUCGAGCACAGGAGCGAUCUCUUCUCUUCCCCUUUGGUUGCUUAGAUCGAUCGAGCAAUGGCCGCCAUGACUGCCACCGCCACAAUGGCCGCUCCAUCCACAUUCGCCGGCCAGACCGGUCUCAAGCCCCAGAACGAGUUCGUCGCCCGCAACGCUAGCAAUGGCUCCCGGAUCGCGAUGCGCAAGACCGGCAAGGCUUCCUCGGUGGGAGGAGGCAGCCCCUGGUAUGGCCCCGACCGCGUCAAGUACCUCGGCCCCUUCAGCGGCGAGUCCCCCUCCUACCUCACCGGCGAGUACCCGGGCGACUACGGCUGGGACACCGCCGGGCUGUCGGCCGACCCAGAGACCUUCGCCAAGAACAGGGAGCUCGAGGUGAUCCACUCCCGCUGGGCGAUGCUGGGCGCGCUGGGAUGCGUCUUCCCGGAGCUCCUCUCCAAGAACGGCAUCAAAUUCGGCGAGGCGGUGUGGUUCAAGGCCGGCUCCCAGAUCUUCAAGGAGGGCGGCCUCGACUACCUGGGCAACCCUAGCCUCGUCCACGCCCAGUCCAUCCUCGCCAUCUGGGCGUCCCAGGUCAUCCUCAUGGGCGCCGUGGAGGGCUACCGCAUCGCCGGAGGGCCGUUGGGCGAGGUGACGGACCCGAUCUACCCAGGUGGCAGCUUCGACCCCCUUGGAUUGGCCGAGGAUCCCGAGGCGUUUGCGGAGCUCAAGGUGAAGGAGCUCAAGAAUGGACGGCUGGCGAUGUUCUCCAUGUUUGGCUUCUUUGUCCAGGCCAUCGUCACCGGUAAGGGCCCCCUCGAGAACUUGUCCGACCACCUGGCAGAUCCAGUGGCUAACAAUGCCUGGGCAUAUGCCACCAACUUCACCCCCGGGUCUUAGAGAUUCCCAGGGCAUCUCUCCAGGGCAUGGUGGGCGCGAAGAGGCGAAUCAAAUCGAUUGGGUGAAUGAUACCACACUCCAACCACAACAAAAAAAAAAAUUGUUCUAAGGUUUUUUUUUUCUUUUGGGUGUGUCUCUACUACGCUAUGAAUUCCAAAUGAAUUCUUUUUGUACAUGGAAGGGGGGGGGGGAAAGAUCCAUCUAUGCCCUGGUUUGCUGUAUUAUAAAGAUUGAUUUGAAUAAAACGAAGGAACGUUGUUCCUCCUUUUUUUAAA